GUCAUUGAUAAUUAUGUGGUGAUUAUGUGUUUUGACUGUUUUGCAUAUUGUUUUGUGGCUAACCUGUUCCAAGUUCCAAAUAUAAACAUAAACGAUUAAAAAUUUAAACCAUAUUUAAAAGAUUUAAACAAAAUCAUUCCGAACAUUCUGAUUGACCUACUAUUAUGAUUGGGACCUACUACUUUGUAAUUGUAGGCCACAAAGACAAGCCUUUAUUUGAAAUCGAGUUUACAAACAGCAAAGAUCCGAAAAAAGAAGACCACAGGCAUUUAAAUCAAUUCAUAGCCCACUCUGCCUUGGAUUUAAUUGACGAGCAUAAAUGGAAAACCUACAAUAUGUACUUGAAGUCUGUUGACAAAUUCAACCAGUGGUUUGUAUCAGCAUUUGUGACGGCCAGCCUAAUUCGUUUUGUGAUUGUUCACGACAACAGGAACGAUGAUGGUAUUAAGAAUUUCUUUAAUGAAAUUUACGAAGUGUAUAUCAAACAUUCCAUGAAUCCCUUUUACGAACAAAAUACCCCUAUUAAAAGUCUGGCAUUUGAAAGGAAGGCACAGUUGUAUGGAAAGAAAUAUUUAUCUAAUUAACUAUUUUGUUGGAAAUUCACCAUCUCAUUUAACAUCUUUUAUGUAAUAGGCCAUUACCUACACUAUAAAUUUCGUUGUCAAAGGUCUUUUAUAAAACAUAUUUUAAGUAAAAUUUGACAGUAAAUAUACAAUAUUUUAUAAAAUCAUACAUACACUGUCAAAUUCUUCAUAAAAUAUCUAUUAAAUAAAAUUGUUGACAAAGAAAUUUGAUAUUGUAAUAGUGGCCUUACUCUUUACUCAAUAUAUAGAAUGAUGAAUGACAAAUAGGUACUUUUAAUAUUAAUCCAAAUAUGUUUGUAUAAAGGUAGUACCAUAUGAUCGAAAAAAAACGGCGUCCAGUUGGCUUGGAAAAGACGAUUAAUGACAUUUCCCAAAUAAUUUUACAUAUAAAAUGAUAGCGAUGUUCAUUUCAUAGCCAUCGCUGACGCCGUUUUUUUUUCGAUCAUACGGUAUUAUGCGGCGUGGGGCCGCGGCGACUUGAACGAAGAUAGGAAAUACCAUGUAAAUUUUCAAAAUGCUAGAAUAAGUUUUUCCCAUUUUGUAAAAAAAUAUGGCUCUUU